CCGAUCGGGGUUUGGAAUAAUGUGUCGAUCGAGCCAACAAUGGUAUCGGCUUCCAGGACGAGCAAAUUGCUCAAGAUUCAAAAAAUCUCAAGCAAACGCACACACGAUCACCGACUCAAUCCUCCUCAGAUACAGAAGCUCCGGGGUCUCUCGAUGAUGCGUUUGUGCAUAUGUCGGAAAGACAAGCUCGACCGCAACCUUCGCGGAUGCAGCCUAGGCCUAGCGAAGAACCUCCACGGCGUUUGAAUAAGAAUGAAAUCGAGCUUGGCCAUCAGGUAGUAGACACCAGCAAGCAUAUUCUACACCCUGAUGAUGCAAGCAUGAAUCGUUCUUCCUUAGAUCAAGAACGCGACCCACUUCUCGGUAGCAUCCAUUCGAGUCACACCUCACGGAUCUUAGAGCAGAAUCAUAGCCGCGAUUGGCGUGGAUACAAAUUCCAGGGAGAAAACGCACUUGAGAAAUAUGGAACACCAGUGGAUACAGAGCUAGAGAGCGCCGACAAGGUGGACUCAUUCUUUACAGAUGUAGAGUCCAUAGAGAUGAGUCAGGCACACCACGAUGGUUCAGGAGAAGGGUAUAUUGGAACCAAGGUCUUGGGCGAGGAGGUUAGCCAACAGGUAUUGGACUAUGCGCCGUUUCUACCUGUCGUUUAUGAUACCAUGAAUGAUACAGAAGAUGAAGAUGAAGAUGAUCGUCAGUCCAUACAAUCCGCCAAUUCGUCAACAACACUUCUCUCCACACUCAGCGGUUAUACCGCAGUGGAGAUGGAAGGUGCCACCAUCGAGCUCCAAAAAGUCUUUCAACAAGAUACGGGCCUCAUCAAACUUUAUCAGAAGGCUGUUGGGGAUAAGCUAAUUGGUCCCCAAAGGCUGCAGCGAAACCUCGAGAGAUUGCUCAGGAGGAUGGCACGAGAUCUGAGGUUGGAGGCAGACAAGGAGUUAGAGAAGCUUACUUCCCGCUUUGUGUCUAUGAAAGCCGAAUACGUAGCACAUUGCAUUGUGGAAGACUGCCACUGUAAGCCUAUCACUGUGUCGCAGCGGGUUGUAAACGGGCAAGACGACAGCGCGGACGAGGUUGAGGUCCGCGAACAGCCCGGAGGUGAAGAUUUGGAUCACAUCGAGCCUAUUGACGAAGACCACUUUGAGGAUCUUGCUGUCUUUCGGAACUUCUUGGUCCAAAGUGCUGCUUUCCAGUCCUUCCGAGACCGGCUGACCUUAUUCGUUAUACCAAAAGAAACGCGAUCACUCAACACCGAGACUCAAUCAAAAGACUCUGACAUCAAGAAGCCUGGAGAGAAAUCCCAAGCUGCUUGGAAUUCAAUCUAUCGGAUGUACCAAGCCUUGAUCAGAGUAGCAGGUUUGGUAGAACUGCCCCUACAAUCAAACCUCAUCCGAGUUAGAUGGCAGUGUAGAUGUGGCGAUCACUUCUCCAGCCGCGUGCAGGAGUAUCGUCCUGAAGGCAUUGGUAGACUCCAAAGACGAAUGCAGCGUUCUGGAUGUCUGAACGUCACUUUCAGUGAUUAUAGCCAAGAUUCGACCGAGACCAGAUACACAGUCCGAUGCCCAGCUUGGCUCCGAUCGGCUUGCAGAAGUCUGUCAUCCAUAUUGUCAGUGACUUCGAAGGAAACAAUGUGUCUGCCCCAACACCAUGCUUCGAGCAAGUCCAACUCAGCCACAGCUCCAAGACCAAGCUUGUCUACUUAGCAACAAGAACGGUAUCUCAUGGCCUGUAUGCACCGCACACAGCACCAUGUCAACGUUGUCCAAGACCUCCUGAAAGAAGUCAUUACCGAUCGGGAACUUUUCUGCUUUCUCAGAAAUCAAUUGAAGCGGCAACAUAGCGGAUUAAGAGCUCUGCUAUCAAUGAAGCGCGUCCAGAAUAUCUUCUUUGUCAAGUUUCGCCUCCGCAAAGGAGGAGUGGCAGAGGUCCGCCAUCACAACACGUGCUGCAACAACCACAGCUGCGAGUGCAUACCGCCCCGGCUUAAGGUGAUGAAACCGCCUAUGGGCUCAGGAGAGUAUGACUGCAAUCCUCCAGGUCCACCCGAUACCUGGCCGCCUGUGUGUCCUGAGUUUAUGAUGCA